GCUAUCGAAAUAUCGCAAUGAAGACGUCUCACGUGGGAAAAUUAUACGAAGAUAAAGUUGAAAGGAAAUUUAGUUCGAUGCGAUUUCCGCCAAAAGCAAUACCAAAACACGUUCUUACACGUACCCUUAAAAUAGUAAAUGAUUCAAAUGACGAGUUUUGGUUAAACAAAAACUCAUCAUGUGCGGCGCCAGUUACCUACGAACAAAGCAAUGCUAAAAAGCAUUCGGACGCUUAUAAAAAGUUGAAUUUGGCACGCAAAUGUAUGUUGACACGAGAUUGGCAUAACUUGGCUAAAUUAUUAACGUCCAACCUAGUCGGUGACAGUAUUAUUCAAAAAAGUUCAUAUCCUAUUUUUUCAGAAUACGUCUCAAUCUUUUUAACCAUGGAGGAUCCCGAACUUUUGAAAAAACUUCAGCAGACUAUAUCCCCAUCUGGGUCGCAGCCUACCAAUAAAAAUACAAAACCUUAAAUUCCAUAACAAAUGUUAAUAACUUAUGCAUUAAAUACCGAAUAUUUUAAACGAAAUAUAUGUUAGAUAGUAUGU